AUGAAGCCGUCUAUUCUGUUUUGUUUCAUCGGACUAGGUGCUGCUUUACAUUUUGCUCCACCUCGCCCGACAAAAAAGUUCGAGCUCAACUUAACUUGGGGCACUGAGGCCCCCGAUGGAGUUGAGCGCCAACAAGCCUUGAUUAAUGGGCAGUUCCCCGGGCCCCCUCUCAUAUUUGACGAGGGCGACAAUGUGGAGGUGACAGUGAACAAUUUCCUGCCAUUUAACACCACCAUGCAUUGGCAUGGCAUUGAGCAACAAGGAACAUCAUGGUCAGAUGGUGUGCCAGGAGUCUCGCAGAGGCUUAUUGCCCCUGGCGGAAGAUUUGUUUCCAAAUUCACUGCUACGCAAUACGGAACAUACUGGCCGCGAGACAUUGCCGCAAACCUGGCUAGUAUGAUAUCAGAUGACACACGGGCACAUUUUCAAAUUAAUAAUGCCAUCCGCGACCCCAAAUUGAUGAUGAUUUCCGAUUGGUUUCACAAUACAUCAGAAGAGCUCCGGGAUAUUGCAGUUUCUGCAAACCUUGAUACACUAUGUGCGGAUUCUAUCUUGAUCAAUGGCAAAGGUAGAGUGCACUGCAUCGACUCUGCCUAUUUGACCUCGUUGACUCCUGCCCCAUUGACCCCCCUGCUCCAGGGUAUGAACUACACAGCGAAAGGAUGUCUCCCAGUUGGUAAUACCUAUGCUCAAACAACAUCUUCUCAGCAUAACUACACCGCAAUCCCACCAUCCAUGUUUGAUAAAUGCAUUGCUACAGAGACUAUGGAGGAAGUGGUCAAAGUUGAUACCCGGAAAGGCUGGGUAAGCCUAAAUCUUAUCGGUUCGGCAUCGAUCUCCGUCCCAACAGUCUCUAUUAACAAUCAUUCUCUGUGGGUAUACGAAGUCGAUGGCCGAUACAUUGUACCCACCAAAGUUGAUGCACUGACACUCAGUAACGGUGGCCGCUACUCCGUUCUAGUUCAGUUGAAUAAUACGCCAGGUAACUACCUCAUAACAGCAGCCAAUGCAGGACUCAACCAGAAGGUUGCUGGAUACGGCACUCUCUCCUAUCUCAACGGUGAUCCCUCCGUCGUGGGAAAACCAUCAAUCAACUACGGCGGAAACAAUAUGAGUACAGAUGUUAUUAUAUUUGACGAAAAUAAGAUUAAACCACUUAUCCCGAGUCGACCUAGCGAAGAAGCGGAUCAAACAUACCUGCUCACUAUUGGCCGUAUUGAAAAAGCCUGGAAAUGGUCCCUCAACGGAGAUCAUUCCUACAGUCUGUCUCUGGAGUCAGAGAAGCCGAUGUUAUGGGACCCUCAAUCAUACGCGGACAGUGACCUGGUUAUCGCAACGAAAAACGACACCUGGGUGGAUAUCGUUUUCGCGGUAUUUGGGAACGCAUCGACUCUCCAACCUGGUCAUCCGAUUCACAAGCACUCAAACUUGGUUUAUAUUCUCGGUGCCGGCAUGGGCGAGUUCAAGUGGAAUUCUGUCGCAGAGGCUCAACAGGAAAUCCCAGAAAUGUUUAAUAUGGUUGACCCUCCAAUGAGAGAUACAUUCACAACACUUCCUGCCUUGCUAAGUCCAAGCUGGUUGGCAGUUCGCUAUCAUGUGCAAAAUCCGGGGGCCUUCUUCCUCCACUGCCACAUCGACCCGCACCUCACUGGAGGCAUGGCACUUGCAAUUUUAGACGGCAUAGAUGUGUGGCCUAGCAUUCCUGCGCAGUAUGGCCCAAAAGGUCAUUGGGGGAAAGCCACCUGA